UGGGCUUCUACUGUCAGAGUGACGCUCCUGAAGGGGUGGAGUGAGAAAAAGUGAGGCAGGGAAGCAACUCGAUGUGUCUAUCUAUCAGUUGAGACGGUCUGAAAUGCCCUUACCAUAUCCAGAAUAAGCGACAUAUAUUCCAACGGAAAGAAGCGGUCUCGCGUUUCUCGCUGGAGUUUUCUGAAAAAGAGUGAUAAGUUGAUGUACAUUCUUCCGGAGCGUUGCCGAUUUGGGCUUUGUUUCCCCCCUCCAUGCUACGGCAGCCAACGUUAAGCGCCCUCACCGAGUCUACAUGGGAGUAAGGAGACCGGACCACAGAGGAGCUGUUGGCAAGGAAAUACAUUUCAGCGUGGUUUCUUUCACUGUGGAAGUUGAUAUUAUUGCUAUUUUCUCGGUGGUUUCACUCUUGAGGAAAAUCUGUUCCAACCUGUUUCCGUCGAACCGGGAUACUGCUGAUGGACGCGGGAGAGAAACCGUUUGUGACUGACUGUGCCGUAGUCCACAUCGUUAGAGCUAUAUUUAAACGGAGAGUACCGCUUAUCAUCAUGCAGUGACAUACCGAAUCUGUACACAUCAGAUGAAAAACCUACUGUGGAGAAUACGGUCGUUUUUUACCGUUUAAAUGUUGCCAACACAUAGGUUGAACUUUUUAGGUUACGUUUGAUAAGAUAAAAAAACAAGUUUGACCAAAAAAAAAUCGAGAAGUUGAAGACAAGAAGAAAAUACAACGUAUGGUGUGUCUGAACGCAACUGCUACAGAGGUUUCAUCUGUGUCUAUCUCCAUUAAUUCGCUUCUGCAUGAAAAGUCAAGCGGAAAGUCCUGACCAGAAGCAUGCCACGGAGAAAACAGCAAGCGCCAAGGCGGUCUUCAGUGUACAUGCCUGAGGAUGGAGUCAAGGCAGUCAACCCUGAUGAGGAGCACCUGCAGGAUGAUGGCCUCUCCUUGGACGGACAGGACACUGACUACCCCUGCACUGAGGAGGAGGAUGGCAGGGUCCAGCUGAGCUAUCAAAACUCCCCUCUCAGCAACGGCACCAACCCGGAUGCUGGGUAUGGCUCCCCACUCAGCGAUGCCAGCGAGCAGCUCGCUGACUUCAGGAGCACCUCCUCCAAAGAUGGCGGCCGAGACAAAGAGGCCGCAGAAGACAUGGAGGCCGAGGCAGGGCUCUCCCUGCAGGACAGUCUGGCCCAAAUGAAGGCCAUCUAUGCCAACCUGAUCUCGGACGCCUCCUGGUCCAGUAUCACUCAAGACAUCAUGAAAAAUGUGCAGAUGGCAGCUGGGGACAACAGCAACAGCAACAGUGUGGCCAGCAGCCUCAAAGAAAGCAGCAGUGUGGCUAAUAAUGUUAGCAACAGCAGCGCUAGUGCUAGCACUAGCACCAGCACCAUCAGCUGCAGUGCAACAAGCAACACAAACACUGACACCACUUACUCGACUGCGAGUGCCACCAUGAACAGCAACAGUGGCAACAUUACCAGCAGUGCUGCCGGAAGUAUUACCUAUGACUGGCACCAGGCAGCCCUGGCUAAGACCCUUCAGCAGAAUCCCUAUCACCUGCUGCCAGAGCCGAGCCUCUUCAGCACAGUGCAGCUCUACCGACAGAACAACAAACUCUUUGGGCCAGUGUUCACUGGCGCGAGCAAGUUCAGGUGCAAGGACUGCAGUGGGGCUUAUGACACACUAGUUGGGCUCACAGUGCACAUGAAUGAGACUGGGCACUACCGCGACAACAACAAAGAUAAAGAAGAAGACCAUGGGAAGAAAUGGUCCAAGCCAAGGAAGCGGUCUCUCAUGGAGAUGGAAGGCAAGGAGGAUGCACAGAAAGUGCUCAAGUGCAUGUACUGUGGCCAUUCAUUUGAGUCUCUGCAGGACCUGAGUGUCCACAUGAUCAAAACAAAACACUACCAGAAAGUGCCUCUUAAAGAACCAAUGCCUGCUCUUGCAACAAAGCUGAUACCCCCUACCAAAAAGCGAGCUUUUCAAGACCUGGUUUCACCCUGCUCACCUGACCCUGUUCCUAACACACCAGGCGUUCCUCUGGCAGAGAGCUCUAAAGACCAGAAGAUUGCCAACCCCUAUGUCACUCCCAAUAAUCGAUAUGGCUAUCAGAAUGGUGCCAGUUAUACCUGGCAGUUUGAGGCACGAAAGGCCCAAAUACUCAAAUGCAUGGAGUGUGGAAGCUCCCAUGAUACACUGCAGCAGCUAACAGCCCAUAUGAUGGUGACUGGGCACUUCCUGAAAGUCACCAACACAGCUUCAAAGAAGGGGAAGCAGCUUGUAUUCGAUCCUGUUGUUGAAGAAAAAAUUCAGUCUAUACCCCUUCCACCCACCACCACACGUCUACCAGCUCCCAAUAUCAAAUCACGACCUGAUUCACCCAAACAGUCUCCUACCACUGAGGAAAAGAGAGUCCAGUUUGAAGAGAAGACUGACAUGACAAAUGAGUCAGAGAAAAAAUCUGGACCAGAGAAAAAGAUCAAAGAGGAGAAAGAAGACGACCCCUCAGACAAGACAGAAAAGACAGAAAAGUCAGGACAUUUUAAGUAUCUCAGAGAGGAAGACCUUGACGACUCCCCCAGAGAGGGCCUGGAUAUCCUUAAAUCUCUGGAGAACACUGUAUCCUGUGCCAUCAAUAAGGCCCAAACAGGGGCACCCACAUGGGGAGGGUACCCAAGUAUUCAUGCUGCCUACCAACUCCAAGGUUCAAUGAAGUCAUCCAUCCCUACAGUACAGAGUGUUCAGAUUAAACCCACCUUCAAUGCCAACAGUUUAAAGUCACUAUCAUCAGACAUGAACAACCCAUUACAUUCUCCCUGCAGUCCAUCCCCACCUCUCAACCAUAAAAAUAAUGUGUUGGCCAUGGAGGAAUUGGUAGAGAAAGUUACAGGAAAAAUACCCCCAAAAAAGGAAAGGGAGAACAAGCCCUCAGAUCCAAAGGCAAAUAUAAGCUCAACAAAGUCAUCUCUGCAUGCAACCACAGAUAAGAAACCGGUCACCCCUUCUGAAGACUUCGCCAAACCAGUAAAGAAUGGAACGUCAGAGAAGAGGCAGGAACGUCCACCAAGUCGUGAGGAGAGUCGCAAGGAAACACAAGCCAGCAGCGUCAUCAAGAAUGGUGCAGAAGCAGCCAAACCACCAGUCAAAAAUGGCUGCAAUAGUAUGGGGAUAAUCACAGAUCAGUCUCCCGAACAGUCAUUCAUCAACCCUCUCAGUGCUCUGCAGUCCAUAAUGAACAGUCACUUAGGCAAGGCAUCCAAAGCAGUCAGUCCCCUACUUGACCCCCUAGCUAUGCUGUACAAGAUCAGCAACAACAUGGCGGAAAGUCCCAUUUACAACCCAACACAGGCUGAGCAAGUGGACCUCAACAACCACUAUUCUGACUGUGACGAUCAGCCCAUGGAUUUGACCAAGUCCAAGAGCAGCAAUGGGCACAACAGUAAUGGAACUUCCACAGUGAUAGCCAACAGCAACAACAAUAACAACAACAACUUUAAAAGUCACAGCAACAGCAUCAUCAGAAACAACAGCCAGCCCAUGAUCACUGAUCUGAUCAGUGAGGUUUCUUCCCCAUUGCGGGAAAAUGCCCUAAUGGACAUCUCAGACAUGGUGAAGAACCUUUCGGGCCGGAUAACACCAAAGUCCUCCACACCGUCCUCCAUUUCAGAGAAGUCGGAUGUGGACGUCAGUGCUUUCGAAGACACUCUGGAGGAGCUGACCCCGAUUCAGAAACGAAAAGGCAGACAGUCCAACUGGAACCCCCAACACCUGCUCAUCCUCCAGGCCCAGUUUGCUUCCAGUCUCCGGGAGACGUCCGACGGGAAGUUCAUAAUCACAGACCUGGGGCCUCAGGAGCGAGUCCACAUCUGUAAGUUCACAGGACUCUCCAUGACUACCAUCUCACACUGGCUGGCCAACGUCAAGUACCAGCUCAGGCGCUCGGGCAGCACCAAGUUCUUGAAGAACAUUGACUCGGGCCAUCCCUUGUUUCUGUGCAGUGACUGUGCGUCGCAGUUCAGAACUCCUUCCGCCUACAUCAGCCACUUGGAGUCCCACUUAGGUUUCAGCUUGAAGGACCUUUCCAAGCUGUCUUUAGACAUCAUGAGGGAGGAGCAGGCAGUCGCAAAAAUCAUCACAGACAAGACUUUCAGUGCACUCGGUUUAUCCGAGGAGGACACAAAUGGCGUUUUCCAGUGCAAACUGUGCAAUCGGACCUUUGUCAGCAAGCAUGCAGUCAAACUGCACCUGAGCAAAACACAUGGCAAAUCUCCAGAGGACCAUCUAAUCUUUGUUACAGAACUUGAGAAGUUAGAGAAGGCUUGAAUAAGCAGAAGGACUGACCAUAAAGAAUCAUUGCACUAAAAUAUAAUAAAGCACUGCGACUAGAGUGAGUUUUUGAAUAAGUCAGGCGUGUAUUCUGAAAACUGCCUAACUGGACCUCUAUUUUCUUUAUUUCCUUUUUUUCUAUUCUAUUUAAAUAGUGUCUCAAUGACAUGCAUGGUGUUUUACGUCCUCUGUGAAUACCAGUUGACCCUUUUAAGUUUAAUUUUAACUCCUUCUGCUGUUGCAGAACUAGGAGAAAUUGUGUUUCAGUCCACAGGAAUUUGGGAGGGAAAAUUCAAGGAAAUUUGAAAAUUCACUGACACUUAGAAGUCAUUUGGAAAUAAGCCAAAACCCCUUGAAUGAAAAUGCAUAGCAGAAAUCUGUGGAAGAAUGUCCGACCUUUUGUGAAGAAAUGUGAUAUGGUGAAAUCAGUUUGUGAUCUUAUAUUGUUCUCGUGUGAUGGAAAAAGUAACUAUUGGCUUAAGAAUACCUGACACAACGUAUAUGCAUUAAUUAUUAAUACAUAAAGGAGCAAAAGUGUCAAACAUUAUACAGUUAUCUGUAAUUUGACAUGGUUGCUUUUUGUCAACAAUAGUGAAUUCAUUUUUAAAAAUCUGUUUUUACUAUCGUUGUUAAAUAUCAUUUUGUAGUAAUUUGAAAUAUAUGGUACAAGUUCUAUUCUUCAUGCAGUGUGCCGCUUUCAUUCAAAACCUCAGCAUACAUGUAUAUUUAAAUGAUCAACAGAAAUUGUACAUUUUCAUCGUCAUAUCUUACCAUUUGCAACAUGGGGAGCUCCAUAUAAUUUGUAUGGUGUGAAUUAUUUUAUAUUGUCAAUUUAUAUAAAAAAUAAAUUCAAAUUAAAUAUGUACAUAGAUAUAUACAGUAUAUACAGAACCACAUUUGUUUGUAUUCUCUUGAAGUUCAUCAACUGACUUGGUUUCAAAACAUAAAUUCUAUCACUCAGAAAGUGCAUCUUUUUUGAUGCGUCAUGAUGGUUUUUAAAAAAGCAAUGCACAUUACAGUAUCUAAACAAUGUUUUACCAUGGAAUCAUGAAAGGUCUUAUUGACUGAAAAAAAUCUUUGUUUGUCUUUUCAACUGUAAAAUAAAACAUAUUGCAGGUCACAA